AUGGCCUUCAACAAUGCUCAACUGCACCUCGCAGCAGUGUUCAAAAAUCAAGGGUAUCGCGAUCCUAUUGCCUACUCUCGAUACCUUCAAAGGUUUAGAGAUAGGCCCAUCUAUCCCUCUUUUUUGAUCCAUCAUGCUAGUUUUAAUAAAUAUGACAUGAACAUUCCCUCACUUCUCGAUGGUCUCGUUUGGAGUUCUUUGGUUGAGAACAUGCAGUUUGGCUACUGUCCGGAAGCAGUCUGCAAGUUCUAUGUCAACAUCAAACGCGGUCCUGGUUGUGAUCCAUCCUUUUUCACGACAGUCGUGUUCGACUAUGAGAUCACAGUCACUCCUCAGCUUCUUGCCACUCUCCUUGAUAUCCCUCAUUUAGGGUUUCAGGCUGGGACGGAUGGUAAAUUUGUAGCACGUGGAUUCUCCUUUGAUACUGCUCUGAAAACUCUCACAGGAGAUAUAGGCCGUCACUAUCCUACUCCUCUUGAUGUUGGUCGUCUAUAUGAUGACCUGGUCAUCUAUAUCAAGAGAUUUGAUCACUCAAAUUAG